AGCGCAUAAUGUAUCGUUGCAGCAGCCAAGUCAAGAAACAAGGCCUGCUAAGCCCAUGCUGCCUGCAGUUCUAGGUGAAACGUGCAAGCAAUCGCCGGCUCCUGCUGUAAUCCAAUAAAUUGAGAAUAAAUAAGGCAGUGUGUUGAAGCUUGGUCAGCGAUUGGGUUGUAUGGGUGGCGAGCUGCAGGGCUGUGACAGCUCUUCCCCUGUACGUGUUUCCUUAUGAAGACUGAUUGUUAUGUAGACCUGCAGCAACACAAUGCCAUUUCCCACCUCCACAAUGCUCCGAUAUUGUUCUAGCUGUGGACAAACAUCGCUUACAUUCCCAAUGCUGCCAAUAAGGGCUGUCAACAGUGCAGUGCAGCAUUGUGUCUGCACAGCCUGGUAGCAGUGCUCAGCAUCCAUAAGGACACUAUGCUCUUUGUAAACACGUCUGUGGCAUCACAAGAUCCAUUCUAUGUGGAGGGCAGGCUGCGUCUACAUUCUGGGACAAGCCGUUCGCUGCUUGUAUAGCUGAGCGGACAGCUGGGGGUUCUGGCUGUGGGUAGCAAGGUGUAGAGGUAUGGACCGAAUCCCUGAGGGAAAGGUGAGCCACGUCGGAGUCCAAUGCUGAUGGCAUUCUGCUCUCCUCUUCAUGCAGUGCUGUGGACUGGGACAUCGUCGGCGAGUACGCGUUUCCUAUGGUUCGGCGGACUCCUACACCAGCCGUCCAUCUGAUUCUGAUGUCUCUUUGGAGGAAGACAGGGAGGCGGUGCGCAGGGAAGCAGAGCGACAGGCCCAGACACAGUUGGAGAAAGCCAAGACCAAACCUGUUGCAUUCGCUGUACGGACAAAUGUUGGCUACAGUGCAGCUCACGACGAUGAGGUCCCAGUCCCAGGAAUGGCCGUUUCCUUCGAGGCUAAAGAUUUUUUACACGUCAAAGAGAAAUUUAACAAUGACUGGUGGAUAGGCCGGCUGGUGAAAGAAGGCUGUGAAAUAGGAUUUAUUCCAAGUCCUGUGAAGCUUGAGAACAUGAGGAUACAGCAUGAACAUAAAGCAAAGCAGGGAAAAUUCUACACAAGUAAAACCGGGGGAAAUUCCUCUUCCAGUUUGGGUGAUGUGGUACCUAGCUCUAGAAGAUCAACUCCACCAUCAUCUGCUAUAGACUUAGAUGCCACUGGCUUAGAGGCAGAAGAGAUUGAUAUCCCAGCCAACCACCGCUCCCCUAAACCCAGUGUAAACAGUGUAACAUCACCCCUCUCCAAAGAGAAAAGAAUGCCUUUUUUUAAGAAGACAGAGCACAUUCCUCCUUACGAUGUAGUGCCUUCUAUGAGACCUGUAGUUCUAGUGGGGCCUUCAUUAAAAGGAUAUGAGGUGACAGAUAUGAUGCAGAAAGCAUUAUUUGACUUUUUAAAACACAGAUUUGAAGGGAGAAUAUCUAUUACACGGGUCACUGCUGACAUCUCGCUUGCCAAACGUUCAGUAUUAAAUAAUCCGAGUAAACACGCAAUCAUAGAGAGAUCCAAUACACGAUCAAGUUUAGCUGAAGUCCAGAGUGAAAUAGAACGGAUCUUUGAGUUAGCGAGGACGUUGCAGCUGGUAGUUCUUGAUGCAGAUACUAUCAACCACCCAACGCAACUUAGUAAGACCUCCCUGGCCCCCAUCAUAGUUUAUGUAAAGAUUUCUUCUCCAAAGGUUUUACAAAGGUUAAUAAAAUCACGAGGAAAAUCUCAGGCAAAACAUCUAAACGUCCAAAUGGUAGCAGCUGACAAACUAGCACAGUGCCCGCCAGAAAUGUUUGAUGUCAUCCUGGAUGAGAAUCAGCUUGAAGAUGCGUGUGAACAUCUAGCAGAUUACCUAGAAGCUUACUGGAAGGCCACGCAUCCUCCCAGCAGCAACCCGCCAAAUGCACUUUUAUCACGCACCCUUACUACUGCAACCCUUCCCGCAACCCCUUCCUCAGCCUCUAACGCACAGCAGGGCUCCCAAGGAGAGCAGAAGAACGAACAUCCUCCCCCGGAACGACCUGGGCCUGCAGAAGAAGAGGCGCCCGCAGAACCACCCUCGAGAAAGUCUCAGCAUCGAUCUUCCUCCUCCGCCCAGCACCACAACCACCGAAGUGGAGUUAGCAGAGGACUUUCUCGACAGGAGACCUUUGACGAGACGCAAGACAACAGAGACUCCGUAUACCUAGAGCCAAAGGAUAAUUACUCUUCCGAGCAUGCUGAUCCUCUGGAGUCCCACCGGGAUCACAACCACAGAGACGAAUCUCACGCGGUUAGCGAACACAGACACAAAGAACCUCGACACCGGACAAGCGAGGACAGGGAUCAGGACCACAUCGAAUGCAACAAACCCCGCAGCCGUCACAAAUCACGGGAACGAUAUUGUGAAAAGGACGGAGAAAUUUCUAGGAAACGUAAUGACAAUGAGUGGAAUCGGGAUGUUUACGUCCGCCAGUAACUUUUUGAACACCUUUAUAUGUGAUUUUUUUUUCUUUUCUGGUUAUAAAAUCCCAUGCAAUUAAUUUGAACCCAAAACACAUAGCGUCCCCAAUUCCUCUUCUUGUUCUUUUUGGGGUUUUUUUUGUUUUUUUUUACUAUUUUUGUUUUUUCUUGCUGCUGUUGUUUCAAUAGCAAUAGCAUAAAGUACUUUUUUUUUUUUUUAAUAGUGUUUUUACUUAAACUUGCCAUGGCACAUCUUCAGAUCUUUACCAAACCAUGUGUUUAGCUGUUUCUGUGACAACCAUUCGAAUGCU